UUUUUUGAACCUUGAACUUCCAAAGUUGCAAGUCCCCGGAUUCCGCAUUCCGCAUUCCGCAUUACAACCCACUCAAAUCAUCAAUCUGGCAACAUUCGCCGAUCCUAUCACAUCGAAUUAUACACCACUGUGGCCUGUCCAACCUGCCAAUUACCGAAUACUUACUUUAAUCACGUGAUUCUUCCUUAACGACAACCAAACCGUGAAAAUUAUUCAUCGCGAAUAGCCUCAUCUAAAACCGGCCUAAAUCGUCGCCCUUCCACCAAUAAAGUGGUCGGAGUAGUCUUGACGGACUUCUGCGACCCUCCAAAACAUAUUUAGUACGCGUCAGAAUCGUGUUUUCCCCCUCCGAAUGGCCCAAGAAGCCCUCCUCUAGCUCCUUUAGGCUUGCUGACCGUGACUUCAGAUCGUGGCGCCGAUUCAUCUUCUGCAGCGACGUGACGGUCCCCUCGACCAAGGCCGAGGUGGAUUCUGGGGCAUGAAUCAUAAUCCGACAGCAUAUACCUCUCUCGAAGCAUUUGCUUUAUUCCAAGAGCUCAACAGAAAUUUCCAGAACGGUCUGGUCAUCGGCACCUUUAGCCGCAUCUCCGAAACUCUCAGGAAUACCCCGUUGAUAUACGAGCAAGACAACUACGAUGCCGAUCGACUAAGCCCCGAUUCUCUUCAGAGCUUUGCCCUACAAUUGUUGCGGGAGGAACGAAAAGAGGAGAAGAGACGAGAAGCCGAAGCUGCUGCCGCGGAUAAGAACAGCGCCACCUUAUCGCCGAAUUCUAGGAAAAGAAAGCUUCAGAGCCCCCCUUUGCCUACCUUUCAAGAUGCGUUGGAGCAGAAGGAUAAGCUGCCCACCUUAGUGGAGAAGCUCUACGCGCGGUUCCGGGAUAGUCUCGUCAAAGAAAUCAGGGAAGAUGAAAGACGCUUUGAAGAGCUCCAACGGGAGCUGACCGAAAUUGAACGAGGCGAAUGGGAUAAUAAACUAGGCGUGGAACAACAUCCGGAUUCAAACAAGAACGGGCUGCCUGUUAUCACUAACUCAGUACCCGGGGGACCCGAAGGUCAAAUAACACCUACGCCAGUACAGACACCGGCUCCUGUAUCAACACCAGUCCCGAUACCGGCCCCAGUUCCGCCCAAGAUACAUGACCCUGGGAGAAGGGUUGUGUCGCCGCAGACUUCCCAGCCGCCGCAGGAGAGGAAACCUGUCCAAUCAGUUCCGCUCCAUCCUCCUCAUCCUCCUCCGCCGCAGCAGCCAGAUCUCCAGCCUCCGAAUGAAGUACGUCGUGUCACCCCUGAUACUAGACAAGAGCCAAGCCGCCCAGCAAGUAGUGCAGCUCCAGUUCUACAACAUCCUCAGACCGCUCAGGGAUACACUACACGCCCGAGUUCUGCUACAUCACAGCCACCCGUGACGGAUGGGUUGCAGCGGCCCGAGAGUGUGCCUCAAGGCAGAAGCCCUGCUCCGAUACACUCCAAUCAACCCCACACUCCUUCUCCUGUUCCCGCCCCAGCUUUGAAGUGGGAGCCUCCGUAUCAACCUCCUUAUCAAAUGCCAUAUCCACACCCGCAUCAAUAUCCUCAUCAGCAGUCUCACCAGCAACCUCUACAGGCUUCUCAACACCUGCCGCCAGCGCCACCGCAACAACAACAUCCGCCACCGCACCAAACUCCGGUCCCGUCUCCUCGACCUCCAUACAAUACGGGGCCUAGUAGACUUCCGACAUAUCCCUCUCAAACGCCGAUCUCUCACCCUCAGUUUCCUCCGAACUAUCCCAGUGGCAGGCAAACUCCCGGACAGUAUGCUCAACAACCUCGGACACCGGUGCAAGGUCCUGCACCGGUAUCGCCUUCAGUGCUCUUACCACCACAGAACGCAGGACAAAUACCACCUUCCCUACAGUCUUUGCCCGUAAAUGCGACGCCGGAUAGUGCAGGACAACAAGCGACGCAACGGCUUCCGGCUUCUAUGCCUCCUGCAAGCUCACCAGGUCAUACCGCUACACCUAGCUCCUUCGCACCGCAUCAAGCUCAGCACGUACCAGCCCAGACUCCCGUACAACCACCUGCCAUAUUAUCAGCAACGCAUCCAGCUGUUACCUCUUCCAAGCCACCUGUACCUCCCGCCCAAUGGUCGCCAGCAUCCGUGCAAGCACCAGCACAAACUAGGCCUUCUCAUCCUCCCCCGUCUCCUAUCCAAGCUACACCAGCACCGCCACACAACCCGCCGCAACAACCCACAGGAUCGUUUAGUUCAUCGUAUGAUCUGCCAACUCAAAUAGCCAACACUAUUGAACAUCCCCAUCGUCCGCAGAUGCCUGUCUUGCAAACCCCAGGACCAAUACCACGAUCCCCACGCCCACGAUCAGCAUCCCAAGUACGAACGCCAGUAGGCAGCUCUCCUCAUAUAAUUAGAGGUCAUGGUACUAAGUGGACCUCGACGCCAACACCCGCAACGCCGCGCGUGGAAGAUGUUUCUGGAUAUUUUGACCUCCCAAGCCCAGGUUUCGAGCCUAUAAGCCCACCUUCGCAGCCAGCCCCAUUCCCAAAGACCUCUCCUGACCAUACUGGCAAGAAAGAUAUGCGGAAGGUCAUACAGAAGCCUGAUGGAGUAGUAAGCCGACCCAGAGGUCGACCGCCUAGAGUUCCGCCCAAGAUAACUCCUUCGGCUCCAUUAGAGGAGGCCUCAACAGAAGGGGAUCUCUUGGGAAGUAAGAUUAAGAAUGAAGAGGCAACUCCCAAGGCAUUGGAAGACAUUGGCGAUGCGUCAGUGGUCGAUGAAAGUGUACUAAACCAGACUCAACCUGGGGUGGUUCAACAGUCCAACAAACGGAAGCGCCAAGACAGUCCUCCGAACCGGGCUCCACCAUCGCCGGCCACGCAUGUCUUAUGGACACGUUCGUUCAACAAGAUCAGUCAAUCUGCUUUGGACCAAAUCAUCAGCCACCGUCAUGCCAAUAUGUUUGCACAUCCGGUCAAACCGAAGACAGCACCAGGCUAUUUUGAAAUUGUACUCCGGCCCCAAGACCUCAAGGGCAUCCAGAAGGCGAUCACGGCUGGGUCUAAAGCGGCAGCUGCAGCGGUGGCAACUAUGGCUGAUAUCGAACCGAGCGCAACAAAUGUAUGGAUUCCGAUAUCAGUGGACCUCGUCCCACCGCGCGGUAUCAUCAACAUUGCGCAGUUAGAGAGAGAGUUAGUCCACAUGUUUGCAAAUGCUAUCAUGUACAAUCCAGAUCCUUAUCGUGGAUUUGGGCCCUCAUUUCUAAGAUUGAAUCGUCGGGCCAGUUUGGAAGAUGAUGGGGAAGACUAUCGGGGCUACGAAGUGGAUGAGAAUGGGGUUGUGAAAGACACUCGUAGCAUGUUUGGUGAAGUAGAGAAGCUUCUGAGCGACCUGCGUAACGAGGUGGAACGGAACGCGCCUCCACCAACGGGGGUACCACCGUCAGCCAGUCGUAGCAUGAGCGUGGCAGGGGCGGAUGCGAACGUAGUUGAGGACGAUGCGGAUGAAGCUGUAGGGGAUGCUAGUAAAAGACGGCGAAUAAGGGGCUAGCGACAUACAUAAUAUGUGCAUUGAUAUCUACCUAGGUACCUACACGGUAUACUAACCUACCUGUACAUAUAUAGGCAACCUAGGUCAGAAGCGAAGACUACCAAAUAUAUGAUAAACUUGAGCGGUUGAAGCCAAAGUCGAGUUAUGGUACUCGUUAUGUUAGUAUAAAAAAAAUCGAAGACUCUUACCUUUGGUUCGCAUAAAUUAUACAUUGGGUUCUUGUCAACCGUCAGAAUCUAACGCCACCUGGUUCCAAUAUGUAACUUAUGUACUA